GCCGAGCGGCCCUUCCCUCGCGUGCGGAGGGGUGAGACCAGUGAGAGGGAGGGCCAGAGAGUCUUGGCGGAUUUGAAAAUGCCUCAGGCUCUGUAAGGUUCCGUGUUUCCCUUUCAAGAUGCCCCUUUCAGACUUUGUUCUUGCCCUGAAGGACAAUCCCUACUUUGGGGCUGGAUUUGGCCUGGUGGGUGUGGGCACAGUCCUAGCCCUGGCCCGGAAGGGUGCCCAGCUGGGCCUAGUGGCAUUCCGGCGCCAUUACAUGAUCACACUGGAAGUCCCUGCUCGAGACAGGAGCUAUGCCUGGUUGCUUAGCUGGCUCACCCGCCACAGUACACAUACUCAGCACCUCAGUGUCGAGACCUCAUACCUUCAGCAUGAGAGUGGCCGCAUCUCCACUAAGUUUGAAUUUGUCCCCAGUCCUGGAAACCACUUUAUCUGGUAUCAGGGGAAAUGGAUCCGAGUGGUACGAAGCCGGGAAAUGCAGAUGAUAGACCUGCAGACGGGUACUCCUUGGGAAUCUGUUACCUUCACAGCUCUGGGCACUGACCGCAAAGUUUUCUUCAACAUCCUGGAGGAAGCUCGAGAGCUAGCCUUGCAGCAGGAGGAAGGGAAGACGGUGAUGUACACAGCUGUGGGCUCUGAAUGGCGCCCCUUUGGGUAUCCACGCCGGCGGCGACCACUGGAUUCAGUGGUUCUAGAACAGGGUCUGGCUGAGCGAAUUAUCAGAGACAUCCGGGAAUUCAUUGAUAACCCCAAGUGGUACACUGACAGAGGCAUUCCCUACAGACGUGGCUACCUGCUUUAUGGGCCCCCAGGUUGCGGAAAGAGCAGUUUUAUCACAGCCCUGGCUGGGGAGCUGGAGCACAGCAUUUGCCUGCUGAGUCUCACAGACUCCAGCCUCUCUGAUGACCGGCUCAACUACCUGCUGAGUGUGGCCCCACAGCAGAGCCUGGUGCUCCUGGAAGACGUGGAUGCUGCCUUUCUCAGUAGAGACCUGGCUGUGCAGGACCCAGUAAAGUACCAAGGUCUAGGUCGUCUCACCUUCAGCGGAUUGCUCAAUGCCUUGGAUGGUGUGGCUUCCACUGAGGCCCGCGUUGUAUUCAUGACUACCAACCACGUUGACAGACUGGACCCUGCCCUGAUACGCCCGGGACGAGUAGACCUGAAGGAGUAUGUGGGCUACUGCUCACAGUGGCAGCUGGCCCAGAUGUUCCAGAGGUUCUAUCCAGGGCAAGCACCUUCUUUGGCGGAGGCCUUUGCAGAAUGUGUCCUUCAAGCAACAACUCAGAUCAGUCCUGCCCAGGUACAAGGCUACUUCAUGAUGUAUAAAAAUGACCCUACAGGCGCAAUUCACAAUGCUGAGUCCCUGAGGAGGUGACAGCUAGGCUGUGCUCAGCUCUCCUCCUCUAGGGGAUCAAUAAACAGCUGUCAUUCUACUCUGGUCUGACUUCCCUGUAUUGGUACUUCAUUAAAAGGCUUGAGCUGCAAUCACAGAUGCCUACGGGGACCCUCAAGAAUCCACGUAUACAAGUAUUAGUGGCACAGUGUAAGACAAAGAGAAGA